AUGGCCCCGAAGCGCAAGGCUUCAACGGUACACACGCCAGAUCCUAAGCGGAUCCAGAGACAGGCGGUGCUGGAUGGCUCGGACCCGAUCUACGAGGAAACCCAUUCCGAUGCCGAGUACUCGGCCACGGGGUCACCAAGUGUAGCAAGCGAUGAUCUCAACGAGACACCCGCAACACCCUUCUCAACGACCUCCGCCCGCUACCCGUCCGAGCUGAAAACACACCGCUGCCCGUUCGACGGCUGCACCAAGGCAUUCAACCGGCCGGCCCGACUUCAAGAACAUCUGCGAUCGCACAACAACGAGCGACUCUUCCAGUGCACGUUUGAGGACUGUGAUAAGACUUUUCUGCGAGCAUCACAUCUAAACCACCACGUCAAAAGCGCCCACACCGGCGUCCGCGACUAUGUCUGUGAUCGACCAGGUUGCGAUAAAAGCUUUGUGACUGGUUCACGAUUGCGACGCCAUCUGGCUGCGCACGACGGAAGAGAUAAAUACCGGUGCACCGAAUAUGCACCCUGUAACGAGACGUUCCGGAAGCAUUCCACGCUCCAGAAACACGUCACGACAGUGCAUCUGAAACAGAAACCAUUCCCCUGUCCGCACGUGGACACGAGCACAGGGCAACAGUGCCCCAUGGCAUUCGAUACGGCAGGACAUUUGCGCGCGCACCAGAGCAGACUCCACACCGACAAGCGAUUCAGCUGUGCCGAGUGCUCCGACCAGCGCGCUGAUGAUAGCGCGGUGACAUUCCCGAGCUACGCUCUGCUCCAAGAACACAUCCGUACAGUUCACCCACCUCAGUGUCCCAAUUGCCCGGUCAUCUGCGCGACAUCUCGCGAACUGCGUCGUCACCUCGAGGUUGCGCACGGUGACGUCAGUCUCGAAGAGAGGCAAGUCUUCGAGUGCACCGUGCCCGGGUGUGGGCGCAGCUUCACCAAGAAGGGGAAUCUGACCGUACACAUCCGGACUGUGCACGAAGGGGAGAAACGGUUUGCCUGCGGAGAGACAGAUCUCUCCACCUCAAAGAAAGUGGAAGGGUGGGAUGGGAUCGGCUGCGGAAAACGGUACGGCAGCAAACUCGCUCUCGAGGAACAUGUCCGCACCGCGCAUUUGGGGUACCAGAAUGCCAAAGCCGAGCGGCGCCAACGACUCGGUCUGGCGAAUGGCUCGAACACUACUCCCGGAGGCAGUCACCAAAUGUCCACGCUCGCAGCCCUGACGGGGCAGGGCUACGCCGAAGAAACGGGGCGACAUAUUGCCUGUUUCUAUGAUGAGUGCGAAUACCGCUUCCAUCGCGAUUAUGACCUGUGGGUGCACAUGAGCUCGAAACAUGGCUGCUCCGAGGACGACGUCCAGGGUCUAUUCAUGCAGCGGGCUCUGCUGGCGGAUGAGAGCGGGCUGGGUGGGAAUACACUGGGGAUGUAUGGCCUGAGCCUUGAUCAUUCCGGGGAUGACAUGCCAUUCAAUAUGCAGAAUGAACCUGGUGUUCAGGAUGGAUCCGAUUCGAUGAUGCAGGAUGCUUUUCUGGGCGAUGCGGAUGGAGAUUUUGAUUUUAUGAUACCCAGCCAUGUCGAUGAGACGGCGCUGAUUGACCCUGUUCUAGCUUAUAAUUUUAUGUAG